AUGCCAGUCCUCACAUGGAGACCCUGCCAGCCCAUCCCAGAAUCAGCCUUUUCCUGUACUGCCACACUGACUGACGCUCUCUCCUCCCCUGUACAGUUCUCCAAGGAGAAAUACAUCCUCGACUCAUCACCAGAGAAGCUCCACAAGGAGCUGGAAGAGGAGCUGAAGCUGAGCAGCACCGACCUGCGCAGCCACGCUUGGUACCACGGCCGCAUCCCCCGGGAGGUGUCAGAGAGCCUCGUGCAGAGGAACGGCGACUUCCUCAUCCGCGACUCACUCACCAGCCUGGGGGACUACGUGCUGACAUGCCGCUGGCACAACGAGCCCCUCCACUUCAAGAUCAACAAGGUGACGGUCAAGUCCAGCGAGGGCCAUACCCGUGUCCAGUACCUCUUUGAGCAGGAGAGCUUUGACAACGUGCCUGCCCUUGUCCGUUUCUACGUGGGCAAUCGCAAGGCCAUCUCCGAGCAGAGCGGAGCCAUCGUCUACUGCCCCAUCAAUCGCACCUUCCCCCUGCGCUACCUGGAAGCCAGCUACGGGCUGGCCAACGGCAAGCAUGGGGGACCCCACAGCCCUGCCACCCAGAAAGGGGGGCACAUCAAAAGGAGGAGCAUCACCAUGACGGACGGCCUGACAGCAGACAAGAUCACCAGGGCUGAGGGGUGCCCGACCAGCGUGUCCCUGCCCCACCACAGAGACAUCAUUCGCAACUGUGCUGUCAGCGUGGACCAGAUCCAAGACCUGCACUCCCCGAUGUCCCCCAUCUCUGAGAACCCAGCAUCCCCCGCCUACAGCACGGUUACACGGCUAAAGCCGCAUGCCUGCCAGGCAGCCGGGAUUGCUCCAGCCUCUCCUGUCAUAAGAAGGUCCAAGGACACCAAGCGGCUGCCAACAAAGAGCUAUGUGGAGAGGCUAAAGGUGGAGGAAGGACAUAGAGGGACUGUGGAGAACAGCUCUGGAGAAGCAGAGGCGGGGCAGAGGCUGGACUUCAUGAGCUUUGUGCCCCCCACCAUGGAGACAACCUCCUCCUUCAACCCUGCGGCCUUCCAGUCCCUGCUCAUCCCCCUGGAGAACAAACCCCUGGAGAUGGCCGUGCUCAAGAAGGUCAAAGAGCUGCUGGCAGAGGUGGACGUGAAGACGCUGGCCAAACACAUCACCAAAGUGGACU